CUUUCACUACGUUACGUGGUGUUCGGGUGUCGUUGUGACCCGGCAGGAGUGUCGCUUCCGGAGAGAAGAACAUACACGUUGAUUUGCCUUCGACUGCUUUUGUAGUAGUGGGCUAAUGCAGCGUUUCUCUUAAAAUUUAUUUUGAUAUUAGAUUGUAACAAUGGCUGCCCGCAGAACUGCUGUGAAAGCAAUAGACUGGUUGGCAUUUGCUGAGCGAGUGCCUCCCGCUCAGAAACCCAUGUUUAAUGCUCUGAAAACACGCAGUGAUGCUAUCUCAGCCAAACUUACUUCUUUGCCAGCGGCUCCCCCAGCCAUAGACUGGGCAUUUUACAAGUCUGCAAUUGCCAUACCUGGCAUGGUUGAUGAAUUUGAGAAGAAGUACAAUGCACUCAAGAUUCCUGAGCCUGUGGAUACCCAGUCUGCUAAGAUAGAUGCCCAAGAAAAAGAAUCUGAGAAGAGUGCUGCUGCCUAUAUACAAGCCUCUAAAGCCCGCAUUGUUGAGUACGAGAAGGAGCUUCAGAAGUAUAUAAACAUGAUUCCUUUUGAGCAAAUGACACUUGAGGAGUACUGCGAGGCAUUUCCAGAAGCCAAGCCAGACAAAGAAAAAUACCCAUUUUGGCCACAUAGGCCCAUUGAAGACUUGUAAAAGCUGCCUGUCUGAAAGGACCCUAUAGCAUCUCUUAAAUAAAGUAAUUAGAGCGGA